AUGGAGAUGUUAAAAACAAACCGGACCCCGUCGUUCUCCCACGCAGAGUUUCUGCUGCUUGGAUUCCCGGGGGUCACGGAGCACAGAAAGCUCCUGUUCAUCCCGUUUUCUUCCGUCUAUUUAAUGAUCUUGCUGGGAAAUUCUCUGAUGAUGCGAAGGAUUUGGGUGGAGAAGAGCCUGCGCUCCCCCAUGUACCUCCUCAUCUUCUUCCUCCUGGGGAUGAACGUCUUCUACACCACGGCUCUGGCGCCCAAGAUGCUGCUGAGUUUUCUGGGGCUGAACGCCAUCUCCCUGUCCGGCUGCCUCGUCCAGAUGUUCACCGUCUACUUCAGUAUUAUGAUGGAGUCCAACGUCUUGCUGCUGAUGGCCUUGGACAGGUAUGUGGCCAUCUGCCGGCCCCUGCUCUACCACGCUAUCAUAACCCGGGAUUUGCUGAUGAAACUGUCGGGCGUCGGGGUCGUACAGAACCUUCUGGUGGUUUUUCCGGUCGUCUUUCUGGCCUCCCGCGUCCGGUUCUGUAAGUCCAACGUGGUCCUUCACUUCCACUGCGAGAACUUGAUGAUCCUCAACUUGGCGUGCGAGGACAUCUCCAGAAUCGAGAACAUAGGGCUGGUGGCCAGGGUCGUGAUCACCAUUUGCAACAUCGGUAUCCUUAUCGUCUCUUACGCCAAGGUUCUCCACUCGGCCAUGAAGAUCGCGGUUGGGAUGGCUCGGAGGAAGGCCCUGCACACCUGCCUGGCGCACCUCCUGGUGGUCUUCCUGGUCUACUCCACCGGAAUCGUAUCGUCCGCUCUCUACCGCGUCGGACCCUCCGUCUCCAACGACGUUCAGAAUCUUUGCAACGCGAUAUAUUUACUGCUCCCGGCUGCCAUUAACCCUUUCAUUUAUGGCCUGCGUAUAAAGGAGAUUAAGGACAGGUUCAUGAAACCUUGGAAGAAGAAAUCUAGACUGGUUUCUGUAUCCACGGUGACCAAGGAAGGACGUUCAUAA